AUGCACGAGCCGAAGCAGAACGAGUGGGCGACCAAAAUCGAAAUCCCCCUUCUUGAAGAAGAAGAAGGGAUGACCAUUAAUUUCGCGCUUGAAAUUUCCACCAUUCACAAAGGAAUCGUUUUGUUUUUCAGACAAUUGAGGACGAACAGGAAAAAAGGGAAUUUGCAGAGGAAAAGAAAAUCGCAAAUCUGCCGUAAGCAAGGCACCGCUGAAGAUUCCAAGUUCAUCGAGGCCUGGAAGAAAGUGAUGCCGAAUAUGGAUCCACCGAAAACCCCCUCGGCCUACAUGGCUCCUCGCCCGCCGACCCCAUCCACAAUCCCUUCAAAGCUGACCGUCAAUUUCGUUCUUUCGUACAAUUCCGUGUUGUCCGGCAAAGAGGUUGAUAUGGUCAUUAUCCCUGCAACUACUGGACAUAUGGGUGUCUAUUAG